UAACUUGUCAUAUACAUAGUCUAUAGGCCUGCUUGUCUUGGGAGAACCAUUGGACUGAGCCCACUAUCUUUCCGGUUUCUUACUACCGGUAGGCUACAGGAAUCUUGCUCCCCGGGCUCUGGAGUCAAUUCAGCUAUUUACCCGCUAUAAAGAAAUGUCAUAUUUUUGUUGAUAUACACAAUUGGGAUUGACUGUCGCGGAUUUUUUCGCACUCAACCAUUUUAGCUGUCUCUCUCAGGUUUGAGGUUAAAGGGCAUCUUGUAUUUAGUGAUGUAUUAAAAUUUGUUCUGCGACGACUCGCCCCAAGAAGUGCCUUGUUUUCGCCCAGUUGAGCUGCGAGGAAAUGUCUGGCUGAGGAUUUGUAACCCACGAAAACCUCGGCCCGUUUUGUAAUGAUAGAUUAAUGCACCGACAAUGGCAAACAAGGCACAGGUUUUGUAUGACUUCACUGCUGAGCCUGGAAACAACGAGCUGACCGUGAGAGAGGGAGAGACAGUCACUAUCACCAAUCAGGGUGUUGGAGGAGGCUGGAUAGAAGCACAGAAUUCCAGAGGAGAGGUUGGACUAGUGCCAGAAGACUACAUUGAGCUCCCAGGAGGAGGGGGAAAUGUAGGACAUGUGGCUGCCCCAGUAGCUGCCCACGCCCCAGACCUAUCAUUCUUUGACGCCUUCGCUGCCCCAGUCAACAACACCACUCAGAACCAGGUGGAUGUUGGGGCCUGUAGUCCUCAGCCGGACACCCCUGACACCCAGGCCCCCCCUUCCUCCUCUUCCCCUGAUGAGGCGAGUAACGGUAAAGACCCGUGGUCGGUAUGGAACCAGGACACCACGGGAGAUUCCUCCAACAACUGGGCGGCCCAGCCAGAGGGCACUAUUACAGGCACCAUUACAGGCAAGAGUGCUGCCCCUGACCCCUGGGGCUCCACAGCACAGAGCCAUCCUCAGGCCUACCAGGGCCCAGGAGCGGAGGACGAUGAGUGGGAUGAUGAGUGGGAUGAUGUGAAGUCAAACUCCGAGUCUGGAGAUGGAGGGGCCAUCCAGAGAGGAGGGGCUACUGGCUCCUCCAUGAAGAUCUCCCUCAACAACAGGUUCCCCGGGUUCUCCAAGUCUGGUCCUGAGCUGUUCCUCCUCUGCAAGCAACCACCCAAGGGAAAGGAGAAGAUAACCAUCUAUAUGGGGGAGGUUGGUCCAGUGUGGUCUUAUCCAGAGGCUCAGCUGGACUGUGUCGUAGCCGACCCUAAGAAGGGCACCAAGAUGUACGGCCUGAAGAGCUACAUCGAGUACCAUGUCAUACCCAACACCACAAACAGACCUGUCAAUCACCGAUACAAGCACUUUGAUUGGCUGUAUGAGAGGCUACUGGACAAGUUUGGUUCAGCCAUCCCCAUCCCCUCUCUACCGGACAAGCAGGUCACAGGGCGUUUUGAGGAGGAGUUUAUCAAGAUGAGGAUGGAGAGGUUGCAGGGCUGGAUGACCAGGAUGUGUCGGCACCCUGUGGUCUCCAGCAGUGACGUCUUCCAACUCUUCCUGACCUACAAGGACGAGAAGGACUGGAAAACAGGGAAGAGAAAAGCAGAGAAAGACGAGGAUGUGGGAGUGAUGAUCUUCUCCUCCAUAGAGCCUGAAGCCCCCGACCUGGACCCCAUCGAAGUGGAGCAGAAGUGUGAUCAGUUCAGUCGUUUCACUAAAGCUAUGGAUGAUGGUGUAAAGGAUCUACUCACAGUGGGCCAGGAGCACUGGAAGAGAUGCACAGGACCUUUGCCCAAAGAGUACCAGAGGAUUGGCAAGGCCUUCCAGAACCUCUCGUCUGUCUUCACCAGCAGUGGAUACCAAGGAGAGGCCACCCUCACCGAUGCCAUGACUUCAGCGGGAAAGACCUAUGAGGAGAUAGCUCAGAUGGUGGCUGAGCAGCCCAGGAAAGACCUGCACUUCCUCAUGGAGAACAACAAUGAGUACAAAGGCCUUCUGGGAUGUUUCCCUGACACCAUUGGAGUACACAAGGCGGCCAUAGAGAAGGUGAAGGAGGGAGACCGGCUGGUGGCAGCUAGCAAGAUCACCCCUCAAGACAAAGUGACCAUGGCUAAACGUGUUAGCACCAUGUCAUAUGCACUACAAGCUGAGAUGAACCACUUCCAUAGCAACCGUAUCUACGACUACAACAGGGUGAUGCAGCUGUACCUGGAGGAGCAAGUGAAGUUCUAUGAGACGAUUGCUGAGAAGCUGAAGCAAGCACACAGUCAAUUCACCACCAUGUAAACCUGCCUCCUAAGACUGAAAAUGCAAGAAACAGCUUAACACCCAAGAGAUCUCGCUUUUUCUAUUUCUCACUCUGUUGCUUUUUCCCUUUGCGCUCAGUGCAAUUUCAUUUCCUGCAGUCGUUAGCUAAUGAUGCUAAUGUAAUCUGUUUUAAACAGUCUAGGAACUGUUUAGGAAGAGGUGUAGACAGUCGAAACCCAAAUGGGUGGAUUGCAGCCAUGCCUGAUGCACAGUGGGUGCCACAUACAUCACCAAACAGCCCAGUCCCACAGGAAACAACACUGACUUCUUCCUGUGUCUCAGGUCAGGGUAACAUGACAAACAUUCAGGCCCUCGUUGAACAUAUUGCAUAGUUAAGCAUUGCCCUCACUGCCUCAGUGAUUCACUCAAAAUGCAGAGGUCAAAGAGCAGCUCUCUUCCCCUGGCAAAGAGGAUACUGUUUGCAUUUCCUUGUUUGACUGACUUCCUCAGUUCCACAUUAUAGUAAACCUACAGUUCCCUACCUUGGUUCUCUGGUAAUGUUUGGAUGGAUGUGUUAUGGAUCUCUCCCAUGACCAAGCAUGCUUUUGUGGAUGUUGUUUUUUGCUCCAUGGUUCUUUAUUAUCCCCUGGUUAUCUUUUGGACCUUACUCCAGCAUCACAGCAUUUCAACAGAAAUUGUGUUUAUGAUUUUUUUUUAAGUGAUUGAAACACUCACAGUUCAGAGUAGACAUGUUGCAUUAUGCAGUGUCAGUUAAGUUCCAGCAGAUAUGAGAGAGAGUGGGUCACCACGCCCCUUGAUUGUGAGUGUGUCUGAACACUGCUGGCAGUGCCCCGCCUCUUCCUUCACUCACUUCCUCGAUCUCUAACAGGAAGCUCGACCCUUUCCUGCCACUGUGCCUUGUUGACGUUCUGUAGAAAAUAGAACUGCAUGCUUCGCUAAUUCCCCCCUGCCUAUUUUUUUUUUUUUUUUUUUUUUACUAUUCACAUCUUUCCAAAAACAUGGAGUUCUGCUUUUCUCCCUUCUGGAAGGACAAAUCCUGAUGGGGAAUGUUAGAGGUUAUGCAAUGGGAGCCUACUCCUCGUCCAUGGAAGCCAAACAUCAGCGAGCCAAUGCUUCACCCAAAGCCAGUGCCAAACAUGGUGGCUGGGUCUCAAUACUCGUAAAUUGCUCCCUUGUUUUCUUUCCUUCAAAAACAGCUGAGCGGUUUCACAAUAUUGCUUUCACCUAUCAAAUCCUUACAUAGCAGUGGUUAGUAAGGAAAUGUGUUAAGACAAUUGGGACACAGCCAUGCCUUUAUCCAGGUGUCUAUGACAGCUCUUCUCUGCCUCACUCCACUUAAUACCGCAGUGCAAUCUUCAAUCAUUAUUUAAUCUCCCUCUUUCUAUUCUCGUCACAUAAAUACAAAUAAAUCUAUAUUCUAUCUGAUGCAUGUGCUUUUUGGUUGUUGAGGUAUUAUUUUAUGUAUAGAAAUAUUUGCGAUACGUUGUCACCCAGAAAGAGGAGAAAUUAAGUUUGAUUUAAUAAAAAUGAUUUGUACUCUCCAUGUA